AUGGCCGAGAUGGGGAAAGGGGUCACCGCCGGGAAACUGGCCAUCAACGUGCAGAAGAGGCUCACCAGAGCGCAGGAGAAGGUCCUGCAGAAGCUCGGCAAAGCGGACGAGACCCGAGAUGCUGCCUUCGAGGAGAUGGUGGCCAACUUCAACAAGCAGAUGGUAGAAGGCUCCAAACUGCAGAAAGACCUGAAAACCUAUGUGACAGCAGUGAAAACUCUGCACGAUGCGUCACGGCGGCUGCAGGACUGUCUGGCCGACAUGUACGAGCCCGACUGGUUUGGCAAAGAGGAGAUGGACGCGUUGGCAGAGGACACAGACACGCUGUGGUUGGACUACCACCAGAGCAUCACGGACAAAUCUGUGACCUCCAUGGACACGUACCUGACUCAGUUUCCUGAUAUUAAGGCUCGUAUAGCAAAGCGCGACAGGAAGAUGGUGGACUUUGACAGCGCCAGGCAUCACUUCGCCUCCUUACAGAAAGGGAAGAAGAAGGACGAGGCCAAGAUCGCCAAGGCGGAAGAAGACCUGGGUCGAGCCCAGAAGAUUUUUGAGGAGCUGAACGUGGAGUUACAAGACGAGCUUCCUGCACUAUGGGACAGUCGUGUUGGCGUCUAUGUUAACACAUUCCAGGGCCUGGCAGGUCAUCAGGAGAAGUUCCACAAAGAUAUGAGCAAGCUCAGCCAAAACCUGAACGACAUCAUGACCAAACUGGAGGAGCAGCGGCAGCUCAAAAAAGAUGGUACUGCAGCAGCAAAGACAGAAGAUGGUGCAAAGAGUGAGGAAGCCGACAUCAGCGAAACGGCCAGUUCAGCACCAAAGGUGAGGCAGAGGCUCGGCCCUCCUCCCAGUCGGCCCCCCCCCAGGCCGUCGCUGACUCCGGACCCGGGCCAGCAGCAGGUCAGCCUGUUUGACGACGAGGCCUCGGCGCCUGACUCUAAAGCCGAGUCCGCCACGACGACAACGACACAGCAGAGUGCUGUAACCAAUGGCUCUGACGGCGAGCUCCCUCCAGGAUUUAUCUACAAGGUAAAAGCGAUACACGACUACGACGCCACCGACGGCGAUGAGCUGGAGCUGAAGAUGGGAGAUAUUGUGCUUGUUAUGGGUUUUGACAACCAAGACGAACAGGACGAUGGCUGGCUCAUGGGUGUGAAGGAGUCGAAGUGGUUGCAGGAGAAAGAUGCUUCCGCCAAAGGUGUUUUCCCUGAAAACUUUACCCAGAAGUUUUGAGGCUCGUGAAACCUAAAA